CGCGGACCACGGAAAGCAAAAACCAACCCCAGAGGGGAAACAGAGCCAGACCCAUCGAUCCCCACGCUCAGCUCUCCCCUCUCCAUCCCUCAUUCCUUCUCUGCCGCCACGGCUCCGCUCCCCUGCUAUUUCGGUCGGUCCUUCGUUUAUUUGUCAGGAAAAAAGGGUUCAAGUGAAACCUCACGACCCUAGUGAAACCUCCGAGAUGUCGCAAGACAAUUCUAGUCCAAGAGAUGCGUUUUGGAAGGAACAUUUUUUCGGGGAUACAUUUAGCGAUUUGGAUGCGGCUGCUGAGGAGGAUGGUCCUAGCCAUCCACAAGAUUUCACCAAAGAAGGCCUGGAUGCAAAAGAAGUGGUGUUAUGCCUAUCCAAAUCCAUCGUGUCACUUGUCUCUUCUGUUGAUGGGGUGCCUCUGUUUGGUUGUACUGGCACAGUGGUCAAUCAUGUGGGUUCUGAGACAUGGAUACUCACCUCAGCCACGCUGAUUAGGAAACCUGGCACUGACCAUGAUGCUUACAAUGAGGAUGAAGUUAAGAUUGAAGUGCUUCUGGACAACAAAAGAAGUACCACCGGGUGCUUAGCAAUGUGCAAUAUGCAGUACAAUAUUGCCGUUGUCACGGUUGACUUACAGUUCGGUCUUCCUAUCGUGGCAUUUAAUGACCUUCCUGAAUGUUAUUCCAUGCUGGGUCGGUCUGUGAUAGCUGUAGGUCGGGACUCCAAGUCACAAGUUUUAAUGGUGAGGCAUGGGAACAUGAUCCGCAAAAGGAGCAAGUUGGACUGCAGCGAGCUUUUGCUCUGUACCUGUCCUGUUAGUAAGACUUUCAUUGGGGGCCUUGUCAUGGACUUUGAAAGAAGAAUCAUAGGCAUCACUUUUUUUGGCGAGGACACCACCCCUGUUGUGCCAAUCGAGAUCGUGUCAAGAUGUCUGAAACACUUCAAGAAAUUCAGGAAAAUCAAGCUGCCUUGUCUUUGCAUAUGGGGGCAUGCUGUUCACAGUGUGGAACUACGUAGUCUGGAAAUUUUGUGCCUCAACUUUCCAGAGCUAUCUUAUGGAAUUGGAAUUGUGGUAGACCAGAUAUCUGGAGUGUCAUCAGAAAAUUUUGGAGGCAUUGAGGCUGGUGAUAUCAUCUGUAGUAUUGAUGGAGUUGUUAUGCGCUCUGUAGCUCAGCUUACUGCAAUGCUUCUUGAUAUGCUUUUUGCCAUGAAAUCCCAGAAGACAAUGGUCCUCCAGGCAGUGAUGCGAAGACCGAGAGAUAACUCUAAAUUUGUCGCCCAGCUGAAUAUAUGGGAGAAUUGUUCUGUCAAAUGCAGCAAUUCCUUCUGUAACAGAUGGCCGUUGCUGUGAAAGAAACAGGGGUUCUGGUGUUCAAGGCUGACGUUAUGCACUUUGAAUGAUGUAGGUCAAUUCUUAGGUUGUGGAAGCAGAACAUCUAUUUAGCUUCCAUCUAUUCAUCAAUUCUCAUCAUUCCUAGUAACUGAACGAUAAUUUUGUUGAUGUUCCGUAGCGCCGACUAGUAAUUUUGGUGUUGCGUGUUGGGGUUUAUAUUGGUUGAGCCAACGUUGCCCUAAGUCCAGUCGGUGGUGGGAUUGUGUUCCUGAGCUUGAGAGCUUAAAGUUUGCAUUUUAGGGUUACAAACAAGAGAUAGUGGUUGGAGGUUGAAGAUCA